UGCCUGUCCACUGCAGAACGCUCUGGACCUCGAUGUCGGUGGAGAGCUCCAUGUUAGUGAUCGAGUUCAUCAGAUUCCCAAUUCUGCCAUCCGUGAUUCUCUCCAAACACCAUCCUCUACUUGUAGAGUUACCAUUCGCUGUCGGCUCAGGCAACACAAACACUAUCUCGGGACAUAUCCACACGAGCUCUGCGAUAUAGAGACAGAAUAGGCCAUUCCAUGAAGACUACACAACUGCUUACAUCCUGACGUCAACACCUCAAACACACAAACACAAACACGACACUAAAGACAACCUUCACAAUGUCCUCCCGCUUCUCCGCCGCGCGCCCCAAACGCGCCAGCGAAGCCUACGCCCGCGCCCACCACGGCGAAUCGCGCUCUAACGACGACACCUCCGGCGGCCCCUCCCACAAGAAAGUCAAAUUCGACGUCCGCAACCCCUCCGCGCUCGCGCCCUCAGCGCACGACGACGACCUAGACGAAGCCGACGAGGAGGUUCUCGCCGCCGACGUGAUCGGCGGGCUCUCACGGGCGACCAAGCGCGGCGCCGUCAACAUUGACGGGUACGACUCGGACUCGGACAAUGACAACCUGGAAGACCGGGCAGAAGCCCGGGGGAAGAGCCGCAAGAAGGGCAAAGAUGCCGAGGACGUGGAUCUGGCGGAGGUGAUGGAUAAUUACAACAAGCCUUCAAACGGGGCGGCAGCAGCGAAUGAUGAGGAUGAUGAGGUAGACAUGUUCGGCGACUUGGAAGACGACGACGACGACGGAGCAAAACCCACCACAGCAGGCAAAAAGGACAAGAAAUCCGUCCACUUCCUCGCCGACUCGGAAAUCGAAGGCCAGGAUCUCUCUUCCAAAGCCGGCGACACGGUCACCAUCGACAAAGAUAACCAAUCCGGCGAGUCGGACGACGACGAAGAAACCAUAGCAGCCGCCAUCGCCGAGGAAGGCGUAGACGAAGAAGUCGGCCUUGGCGGGCUCAAGAAACACGCGCCCAAAAUCGACGCCUUCAACAUGAAAGCCGAGCAGGAAGAGGGCGCCUUCGACGAGGCGGGCAACUACAUCCGCAGCGCGGCCGAUGCCAAUGCCGUGCACGACAAGUGGCUGGAGGGCCUGUCGAAAAAAGAAAUCAAAAAGGCGGCGGCGGCGCACGAGAAGCGCGAGGCGGAGCGGCGGGCACAGGAGAGGGAGGAUGAUAAGAUUGCCACUGGUGACCUACUUGGAAACUUGAUCCUGACGCUGGAAAAGGGGGAGACGGCGCUGGAGGCGUUGGCGAGGUUGGGCAAGGACAAGACGAAGGGGCCGAAGAAGGUGCCCAAGUGGAAGCAGAAGAAGCAGGAGCGGAAACAGGGGAUUGACGCGAUGGAUGUUGAUGAAAAGAAAGGGGAAGAAGAUCCCAAGCAGAAAAAGAUUAGGGAGUCGAUUGAUGCCAUCACGGAAGCGGCGGAUAAGUUGCUGGGAAGGGAUUACCCGGAUAUUUACGAUAAGGAGAGGGAGUGGUUGGUUAGAGAGUACAGAGCUGAGACGGGCGAGACUUGGGUGGAGCCUACGCCUAAAGAAGAGGAAAAGGAGGAAGAGUCAUCGUCAUCAUCAGACGGACAACCAAGGAUGUGGGAGUUUAGGUGGACAGAUGGGAGAGACGGUGGAGGGAGUCAGGGACCGUUCGACGGGCCUACUAUGAAGGCAUGGCAGGAUGCUGGGUACUUCAAGGAGGCGGUUGAGUUUAGGCCGGUAGGCGGCGGAGGGGAGGGGGACUGGUCUAGGGUUGCGACGUUCGUAUGAUCAUCACAUGGUAGAUGUGUAUGGUUAGGUUUUGUACGAUUGUGUGUGAUAGUAUACCCCCCGAUUCGAAAUGAUGACAGAAUCAAAAGCUUGACCAUCAAGCCCAGAGCUCUCCCGGCGGCUGGUUGUCAUAUCACCCCCACAAUGCCAUAAAGUUCUCUCUUGCUACGCCAUGCUUCGACUUCGUUUAUAGUUCGUCGUAUCAUAC